AUUCGAUGAGCCGUGGUUACUAGCUUCUGUGAUUUCCAGACGAUCCCUUGACAGUUUGCAGGUCCCAGAGCCAAUUGAAUCACUCCACUUGCCAUGGUACAAGGGUACAAGGCGGUUCUUUCAAGAUCCAAGUCAGGGGAUGGGGCACGGAUAAAUAAGCCGGACGGUUGUUAUUGUGUCAGUUGUGACGCAGCUCUGAGUCACCAGCGCCUCCCGUCUUAUUGUCCUCUUUCCCCCGCCAGUAGUCAUAAAUACUGAAGCAUUCUACGGUUUGCUACAACACCAUGUCUAACCGUACCGGACAACAAGGUCGAACACGAGGUGGAGGAGAUAGAGGUAGCAUUCGUGGUGGAAGUGAGUCUGGGGGCCGUGGUCAAAAUCGAGGUGAAGCAGGCGGUCAAGGCAGAGGUGACGGGAGCACUAGGGGUUUCAGAGGUUUUCGAGGUGGUGAUAGUCCUCGGGCAAGGGGGCUACCUCAAGUCGAUCGUGGUGGCAGAGGACGUGGUCAAUUCAGUUCAAGAGGUGGCGGAGCUCGAGGAGGAGUACCCAUAUUCAGAGAAGGAACACACCCCCAAAUUGACCAACGUCUCAAACAACAGGACCUUGACGCCCUAAUCGCAUCAUUUGGGUCCCUCAAGCUCACCGAUCCCAAUAGGCCUCUACGUCCUGGCUUUGGGAAGGAUGGAAAAUUAAUAACUGUUCGCGGAAACUUCUUUCCAGUCCGAAUACCGAACCACUGUUUGAUCUAUGACUACCGAGUCGAGAUCUCUCCGAAAAUCGAGAAGAGGGAAGAGAAAUCUUGGUUGUUUAACCUUUUGGAGGAAAGUGCGGAGGGACAAUCUCUCAAAUCACAUAUCGCACACGACAGAAGUUCGAGGCUCGUUUCAUCCAAAAAAUUGCCUCAGCCGUUGACAGUCGACUUACCGAUGAGAAGAGAAGGGGAAUCUAACCCUGGGCCCAACACCACCGUUUACAGAGUCUCAAUCGUGGUUGAACGGAUUCUGCACACCAACAAAUUGACGCAGUACAUGACCGGUCAGCCGAAGAAUCGAGACGAGUAUGACCCAGCGCCACUUAUCUCAGCGUUGAACCUUGUAUUGCAAGACCAUGCGACCCGAACUGGGGUGCGUAUCGGACGUCAAGAUGACGGAAACUAUGGCUCUGGGAAAUUCUUCUUCCCCUUCCAUGCGCAACGUCCACCUCUACUUGGGCCAGGUGUUAUCGCUGUCCAAGGGUAUUUUUUGUCUAGUCGUCCCGUUCACAAAGAGUUGAUGGUAAAUGUGAACGCAUGCAUGGGGCCGUUUUUGGACCUCCCAGACACUCUAGCUGAAGCGUUGCGGAAGUUCAAUCAAACGUCAAAAGGCGGAAUGCUCACACUACCGAACCACAUCAAGGGCAGUCUGAAGGUCACAACGUCGUACCGUGGGUACAAGAGAAGACACAAGGUUUUCGAUAUCGUUCCUAGCUCUGCAGAAAGAACUUUCUUCAAGCACGCAAAGCACGGGAACAUUUCCGUCAAACAAUAUUUUCAUAAAGAGUACAAGAUUCGACUCGAACACCCCAACGACCUCCCGGUGGUAGACGUUCGUAGUAGAGCAGACAAGUCUCCGGUUUUUAUUCCAGCCGAACUUUGCACAAUAGAACCCGGCCAGCCAUUUCGAGGAAAACUCACCGGCGAUAUGACGAAAAAGAUGAUCAAGGAGGCGUGUAGGAACCCGAAGGAUAACGCCGAGUUGAUAGUCGGCGACGGCUUUUCAAAGCUCGCGCUAGAACCUCCCCUGUCCCCUCAGAACAGUUUUGGCAUCACGGUUGACAAAGAGAUGGCCGUGAUCCCUGCCCGAGAACUACCACCUCCUAGAAUCGUAUAUGGACCACAGACGGUGAAUGCUAGAGACGGGAAAUGGAAUAUCGUCAAUGCCAAGUUCCAUCGGACGGCGAGGGUGAAUUCUUGGGCCAUGCUUGUCAUCAACGACGGAGAAAUGGAGAAUUUUGUGAAGGGUUUGGAAGACCCUAGGGUGCUCCAGCUCCGGGACGCUUUCAUCGCCAAACUUCGUGGUUGCGGGAUGCAGUUGUCUAACCCUACCCUGGUGAUUCAAACCGAGAGGCUACCCCUCGAGAAAGAUUGGAAGGGCAACGAACUCGAUUAUAAACGGAGGAGGGGUAUAGAGAUCAUCCGGAAGAAGAUGAAUGACAUCGUAGCCCAGAAGCCAGACUUCGUUUUAGUCCUUUUAGCAUAUACGGACAGCUAUAUCUAUCCUGGAAUCAAGACGAUCGGAGACCUCAAACUAGGGCUCAAAACUAUUUGCAUUCAAGUGUCUAAGGCUAUGAAGUUGCGUGACGGUAGGCUUGAUGACCAGUACCUUUCAAACGUCGCCCUCAAGGUUAACACAAAACUUGGUGGCGUCAAUCAUCAACUCGACAAAUCUGCAAUGGCAUGGCUUUUGAAGAAAAAGACGAUGCUAGUAGGCAUCGACGUAACCCACCGUGGACCUGGAAGCAAAGCCGGAGCACCCUCUAUUGCUGCUGUAGUUGCUAGCGUCGAUGAUGAGUUUAUUCAAUAUCCCGCUAGUCUUCGGAUUCAGCAAACACACGAUAUCAAAGAGAUGGUUGGCGAGUUGGACUUGGAAGAGAUGAUGGUGGAGCGUCUCCUAGCCUAUGAGAAGAAAAAUCGGAAGCUUCCUGAACGAAUCUUUGUAUUCAGAGACGGUGUGUCCGAGGGACAAUAUGACACUGUACUGACAGAAGAACUCCCGGCGAUUAUCAAAGCAUUUAGGAAUCAAAAGCUCAAUACUGCAAGACGUGGAGAGCCCUACCGUCCACUGAUAUCCAUCAUUGUAUGCGGUAAAAGACACCACGCAAGAUUCUUCGCCACCGACGCCCAAAAUGCAGAUCCGAAAACCGGAAACACGCGUCCAGGAACCGUAGUUGACAGUGGUGUUACGGGAAUAUUCGACUUUGAUUUCUACCUCCAAGCCCACGCAGGAAUCCAAGGAACAGUAAAAUCCACGCACUAUGUCGUUAUAUACGACGAAACGCGCUUCACAGCUGAUGAGAUUCAAGGAGGGACGAAUAACGUUAGCUACCUCUAUGCACGGGCAACAAGGUCCGUGAGCCUCAUUCCCCCCGCUUACUACGCAGACCUCGCUUGUGAACGUGGACGAUGUUUUCUCAACGAGUUUCUUGUCGGGAACGAGGUCGAGUCCGACAAGGGAAGCGUAUCAUCGGUGGGUAAUGUGAAGGGAAAGUCCAAGUCGACCAAGGAAGCGGAGCAAAAGAGGGUAUUUGAAGACGCGAAAAAGGCUUGGGGUGAUGGUAUCCAUCCGAAUGUGAAGGACGUCAUGUUCUACAUUUGAUAUCACUGUACACUAAAUACUACACAAUCUAAAGCAUCUGUAAUAUGUAUAGCUACGCAAAUGGACAAAAGGCAACGCAAAUCUUUUAUAUACUUACACUGAAAG